CAAAGUGAUUAAAUUUUCUAAAAGACGCUGAUUCUUGCAAAGGACAUUAUCCAUUAGGCAAGACAUGUUUCAGAACAAUACUGAAAUCAAGGACGAGGCUCAAGAGAGUAUUAACCAAACACUCGCUGCCAUCGGAUUUAUAUCAUUCUGCGAAAAUAUAUGUCUCUUUGUUAUCAUGCAGAGAUGUAAGCGACUGCCUCUUCAAAUUAAAUUCCUCAUUCUCAACAUGACUGCCUCUGAUUUUAUUCUUGGGAUCAACUGCUUUCUGCUGUUUUCUCGUCCGCUGACGGAUCUCCUUAACACGGAGUAUCUCCUCAACAUGGAUACGUUUUGCCUUAUUCGACAAAGUAUAUUUUGGACAAAUGUCAUCGUGUCCAUAUUUCUAAUGACAGUUUUAUCACUGGAUCGAUGUCUUUCUCUGUCUCUUGUUAUGAAGUACCAGUCAAAGAUUGGUAUGUGGAUUACCAGCCUCGUUUUAACUGUUGUCUGGACUCUCGGUAUUAUAUUUGGAGUUUCCCGGUCGUCUGACGUAAAAUCGGUACCGCCUGGACUAUGCACUCAGAACGAUGGAAUGCCAACGCACAUGAUGUACUCUAUUGUUUCUCUUGUGUGUUUCAGUAUUGUGCUAUCGUCCUUUUUCGUCAUCUGCUGUAUUAUAAGAAGAAAUGUGCCUCCCGUUUACUCCAUCUCGAAUUCAGUGAAAGAGAACCACAACAUCAUAGCAGCAGAAGUCCGCGCAGUCGUCAGAAUGCAUUUAAUCACCAUUACCUUUCUACUCUGUUAUGUCCCGGGAAUCGUUUGUACAAGCGUUGUAGACUUUCUACCUGAUCUAGAAAGUACCCACCCAACCUUUGCAACGGCAAUGAAGUCGGCACAGGUCCUGUUUCUGAUUAAUGGAAUUCUGAACCCCUUCCUGUACGUCUGGCGAUUCAAGGAGUGUAGUAUCAAUGCUAAGCUGCUUCUGCCUGCCUGGGGAGACUGGUGCCAGAGAGUUCAGGAGGAGGCCGCCCGGGAGAGGGUCUUCCUAUAUGCCUCCUAUAUGGAAUCCCCCACCAUCAGCAAUAGCUACAUUUAGAAUAAUGACAAUGAUGACACUAGCUGCAGAGCCUUAAGACGAAAUCCCAGGAAUCCCUAUCCCUUGCUUGCACAUCUCAUUGCAGUUACUGGUGAAACAAUAUCAGAUAUUUUACAAACAAUCUCAGAUAUUUUACAAUAUGUAACUAUUUUUGAUAAAUAAUUUUGGAAAUAUCGAUAAAAUAAGAUCCAGAAGUCUCACAUCUAAUUUUGAAAUUGAUCGUC